AAAAAAAUUAUAACUGUUCAUAAUAAAUGCCUUAAAUUAAUCUAAUAGUAGUAACAAAAUAACAUUGGUAUUAGUGAAAAUAGUCUGUUGUCGUAAUGAUUCUUGACAAACAUGAAAUUUUAGCUGUCAUUCCAUGUCGCUUUGACAGUUCAAAUUUUAAUCUUUCAAAUUCAAAUAUCAAAACAAACGUCACGAGUUCUUGCACUUCAUUCACUUUAUAAUUUGCUAUUAAAAAUAUAAAAGACAUGUUUGUAAUUCAAAAAGACAUUACAAGAUAACUUAGCUCUAAAAAAUUUUGUGUCGAAUAAACAUUCCAUUGAUUUACGAAGAUAAUGCCACUGUGUUGAUACUGCUGUAUGAGGUCAUAUUUCUAUGGUUAUCACUAAAUAAACUGAAAUUCAGACAUUAGUUACUGUGUCGGCUAUAGUGUGUACCUGUACAUCUUAUUCUGCAGUCGUAUUGUAAACUCCACUCAAGAUGAAGUUUGCUGAACAUUUAAGUGCUCACAUCACGCCCGAAUGGCGAAAACAAUACAUAAACUAUGAGGAAAUGAAAGCAAUGCUGUAUACUGCGGUGGAGGAAGCACCAUCAGCAGAAAAUGUAGAGCCUGAAGUGCUAUCCCGACAUUUUGCUAAUUUUGACGAAACAUUUUUCCACUAUUGCGAUCAGGAGUUGAAGAAAAUUAACACAUUCUAUUCAGAAAAACUCGCAGAAGCGACUCGUAAAUUUGCCACACUGCAGAGCGAGUUGAAAGCCCAAUUCGAAACUAUCAAACCUAAAGGCGGCGGAGACAGCAAAAAGGCGCCAAUACCUCGGAGAAAAGUUCAAGAGUUGAAACUAGCGUUCAGUGAGUUCUACCUCAGCCUAAUCUUACUGCAGAAUUAUCAGAACUUGAAUUAUACCGGCUUUCGGAAAAUAUUGAAAAAACAUGAUAAGUUAUUAAACGUAAGCAACGGGGCGCAAUGGCGAGCAGAACAUGUAGAGUCAUCACAUUUCUACACAAAUAAAGACAUAGACAGAUUAAUAAGCGACACGGAAGCAACCGUUACAAAUGAAUUAGAAGGCGGGGACAGACAGAAAGCUAUGAAGAAGUUGAGAGUGCCGCCCUUAGGUGAACAACAAAGUCCCUGGACUACCUUUAAAGUCGGACUGUUUUCGGGAUCGUUCAUAGUGUUGUUUAUUACUGUUGUUUUAUCAGCACUGUUCCACGAAGGUGCCACAGAAAAUUUCAAGACGGCGUUUAGAUUAUACCGCGGUCCGUUCCUCUUAGUCGAAUUUAUAUUCCUAAUAGGCAUCAAUGUAUACGGCUGGCGAUCAUCCGGUGUCAACCACGUGUUGAUCUUCGAGCUGGAUCCCAGGAACCAUUUAUCGGAACAACAUUUAAUGGAAUUAGCGGCAAUAUUUGGAGUAGUAUGGGCCUUGAGUAUACUUAGCUUUAUAUACAGUGCCAGUUUGAGUAUACCGCCGUUUGUGAAUCCGCUGGCUCUCGUUAUAAUAAUGCUGGCAUUUCUCCUCAACCCACUGAAAGUGUUCCGCCACGAAGCACGGUUUUGGUUUUUGAGGAUAUGUGGUCGCAUUCUAGCAGCGCCGUUCAUGCCUGUACUGUUCGCUGAUUUCUGGCUGGCGGAUCAAUGGAACUCAUUUGCAGCGGCCUUCCUCGACUUCCAUUACCUGAUUGCCUUCUAUGUGGUAGGCGGGGACUGGUUCCAAGUAAACAAUGCAUUCGAGAAAGCCAACUGGUUUAUAAUAACGCGCGGCCUAGUGAACAUAGUACCAGCAUGGGCCCGGUUUUGGCAGUGCCUUCGACGUUAUCGGGACAGCCGCGAGGCGUUCCCUCAUCUUGUCAACGCGGGGAAAUAUUCCACGACCUUUUUCGUGGUCCUCUUCCAGACUUUGCGAGUCAUUUAUAGCGGCGCAUACGCCGAUCCGUACGACAAUCCAUUCUUAUACGCAUGGUUCGGAUGUCAGCUGGUGUCUUCACUUUAUACCUACACGUGGGACGUGAAGAUGGACUGGGGCUUAUUCACAGUCGGGCCUACCGCCGAGAACAAGUUCCUUAGAGAAGAAAUUGUUUACAGUCCUGGAUUCUACUACUUUGCAAUAGUAGAGGAUUUUGUGCUACGAUUCAUUUGGACGGUGUCUUUCAUACUUACCGAGAACAAGUAUGUCAAUGGGGAGACGAUGACGUCAAUACUAGCUCCUCUUGAAGUUUUUAGACGUUUCAUUUGGAACUUCUUCCGGUUGGAGAACGAGCACCUCAACAACUGCGGCAAGUUCCGUGCCGUCCGGGACAUCUCCGUGGCACCACUGGAUUCCUCCGAUCAGGCGGACAUCAUACGCAUGAUGGACCAUCCUGAUGGCGUUGUUAAUAGAUUAACAAAGAAAAAGAACGCCAAAAAAGCUAAAGAGGUUGACAGGAAGCCAUUACUAAAGAAGGAGUCCAUGCAAGACCUACAGCUAGAGUUAGAUUUGUCAUCCAAAAUGCUGUAACAAACUGUGAUAUAUUUUAGUACAUAAAUCAUUUAUAGCCAAUGUUAUUAAAUAUAGUAUUAUUCGAAUUAUAUUUUUUUAAAUCAUUAAGUGUUUUUUUACUCCACAUCUAGUCAUUUUUUGCAUUGUUAGUAUAAUACAUGGAUUCAAAGCAAGUCCAGAGAAAAUCUCCCAUUCUCAGACUUGUUUCAAGGCUGUAAUAUAAUGGGAUUUGAGGAAGUAUAAAAUGAAAAAUGUAUCAACAUUAGUGCAUUGAUUUAUUAUAAAAUUCUAAUUUUAGUUAUUUUUUGUUAUACCAAUGCAAUGUUAUCGACAAAUACAAUAAUACUAAUUGUAAAAAAAUAUCACCACAACAAUUAGGUACUCACAGUACGCGCUGGAAAUAAAUGAACUUUCCUGCAUCCCGUAAUAAGUGGCUUAUGAUUCGCAAUCGCUAUUUAUUGUUUAUUCAGUUAGUUGUAAUUGCUGCCCAUAGACCGUUUUUUUAAAUAUGUACAACAUUUGUAUAGAAGAGACGAGAUAGAACGGCAUGAAAUCUUGUUAGAUGGGACUGAAUGAAUACAAGUCGAUAAAAAUUGAUAAGCCCAUCAAUACCACAACUCAUAAAAUAUACUUGGUCGAUAAAUUUUAUAUUGUCAGGCAUAUAACUAUAAUAGUUACAAUUUAUAACAUAACUAUGCACAAAAAAAAUAUCAUCUUUAAAUUUCUUAAAAACACUUAAGAUUAAAAGUAAUUAAGGUUUGUGUAAAAUAAAUACAAUUGAGGCAAAUUGCAUGCACAUAGCAUAAAUAUAUGUAGAUAUUUUAUAAAGAAAAUUAGAACUAUAAUUAGAAUAAGCUUAUUUUAAUGAAAUCUUGAUGAGGUUUCAAUUUAUAUAAUAUUAGAACUAAAUUGAUAUUUCUGGCUAACAACUGAUAACAUACUAAUAGUUGAGAGAUUUGUUGAACUUAAAAUAUUAUCUUAUGGGUAUGCUCUAAUAGAGUAUGUAAUCACAAUCGUUAUACUUUGUUAUAACUAAAAUAAAAAGGUUAACGUAACUGAAAUUUAUCUCUCAUAAAUAAAUAGUUCCUUUAAAUAAAUAAAAAUUACUUUAGAUAAUUUGGAAAUGCACAAAGAUGCUAUAACAACAAUAAAGUGACUUAUAAAUAUAUGCAAACUUAAUUAUAAUGUUAUUUACAUAAUAUUCGUAAGGCAAUAAUUUUUGCACAUGACACUGCUGUGCCCAUUAGUACCAAGAUCUUGUUUACAUUUAUC